AUGACCUUCCUGCAUCCCAAACCAACCUUCACAUUUGACCAGCUCUGGAAACUUGAGAAGGGCUUUUGGGAUUCAUUUCUCUACCCUGCGAAUCUCAAACAGACGCAAGGCAAUGCAUCGACUGUUUUCGCAUCGGAUGUGCAAGGUCGCGUCGACAUCACCCGCACCUUCGACGGCGACGAGUUGAACCGCGAAUACAUCUUCGGUCUAUUCGCAGACCCAGACCACGUCAGUCUCGUCGGUGUCCCGAUCGCAUAUAACAUAACUCAAUUUGCCGCCAACGACAAUAUCGCAUCCGCUACAACGGUCGUCACCUUCAACGCAACCAGUUUCGGUGUCCUCAUUCCAGUGACGAUCGACACAUGGAUCGAGUUCAACACCGACGGCAAGAUUGCACAGUACGACGCAACAUUCCGCUGGUUUGAGUAUCUGCUGGACUUCCUCGUCGGAGGAGUUGCAACAAAAAUAAACGCGACUGAACCUGACCAGGCUGUCGCCUAUGUUGCUGAUUUGCUGGCUACCACCAUCUGUGAUACACAUGACAAGCAUUGCACGGGUUCGAAUCAGCAAUAUGAAGACACCGCAAGUUGUUACGACUUUUUGACCAAGACUGUACGAUUUGGAAAGGCGUAUGAGCUGGGUCGUAACACGUUGCUGUGUCGCGAGGUUCAUGAGCAUAUGGUGCAGUACCGCCCCGAUGUGCAUUGCUCGCAUAUCGGUCCUAGUGGUGGUGGAUACUGUGUUGAUGAUAUGGACUACAUGCAAACCGUGCUACAGAGAUACUUUAAUGACUCUUGGAUUCCGUUUGGAUAUGGCACAGAUCAGAAUAUUUGGCUGGCCAACUGA